GACGAAGAUGACCCUAUGCAGGGCAGCGGACAGGAAGAGGAGGAAGGCGAUGCUGUAGCUCCUGCUGGCGCGUCUGAUGAUAGCUCAGAGGAACCGGAAGAAGACGAGGAGGAAGAGCGGAGGAUUAGGGAAGGGUUCAUUGUCGACGAGGACGAGGAAGAAGAAGAGGAGGAAGAAAGACAUAAGAGUCGGAAGAGGCAUAAGAAGCGUCACCACCGAUCCCACAAUGAGGAGGAGGAUGCCCUUGACGAGGAUGACCUGGAGCUAUUGGAGGAGAACACUGGUGCCUCCCAACCUCGUCGGCUCACCCGCAUACGUCCGGGACGCGACGCCCAAUCACCCCCAGUUCCAUCCUCGUCCAGAGCGCGAGCUGUGGUCGAGUCUUCCGAUGAAGACCUCGACAAUGACGACUUCCCUCGCGUCAAUGACAUUCACAAUAUUUGGGACGACGAGAGAGCGGCUGCUGGCCGGGACGACGAUGAUGUUGACAUGGACGACAUGGACAACUUCAUCGAAUACGAGGACGAGGAGGAAGCAGGUGGGGCCAUGGAUGAGAGUGAGCGCGAGGAGCGUCGGAGGGAGAGGAGACGGCUAGAGAAGGCUAGACGGAGGGCGUUCGGCUCCCGUCCCGAACUGGCUGGGAUUGACCAGAAUGCUUGGGAGGAAAUCCACGAAGUGUUCGGUGACGGUCAUGACUAUGACUGGGCUCUGGUCGAUGAUGAGGAGAACGCGUACGAGGCAGAACAGGCGAAGCCUGAAAUGAAAUACCAAGAUGUCUUCGAACCCUCGGAAAUCCGCGCGAGGUUAUUGACGGAGGACGACGACCUCAUCCGAGCUCAAGACAUACCGGAACGACUGCAGUUGGCCACCUCCUCUCUCUCCUCAUCAUCCACUCUAUCAAUACACAAGCCACUCACUGAGAACGACCUGCACGACGCAGCAUCCUGGGUGAUCACCCGUAUUUCAAACCGAAAAGAACGCGACUUCUUCCGAGGAGACGGCCAGUUCCACCACCUGUUGGAAGCGUUGGUACAGGCCAUCACUUGCGCUCUGCGGUACCUCUUCGUUUCUGAGUUUGAGGUUCCUUACGUUUGGACCCACAAGCGGGACUACAUCUCCUACUUCGACCCACAGAAUCCCCGUGCACCCGUAGAGCUUCUCUCACUCGAGGAGCUAUGGCGCUUGUACGCCGUCGGCCAGAAGUAUCGCUCAUUGCUAGAGCGCCGCGCCGCGUUGGACGCCCUUUACGCUCGUUUCGGCGCCUCUGACGACUACUUCGACCAAGAGGUGCGCAAGCGGGUUGAUACGGCUGAGAUGGCCGCGGACGCCAUCGAGUGGCUCGGUAUGAAGUACCGCGACGGGCAGAAGAGCAAAUUCGACGUCCAUUUCCACGACGACGAAGACCAGGGUGAAACUCGCAAGCACAAGAUGCCUAGCCGCGUCUCUGCCUACGAGUUGGCGAAGAAGAGUAUAGUCUCGAAGAUUGCCGAGGGUUUCGGCAUCAAGCCCCACGAAGUCGUCCUUAACUUCAUCUCUGAUCACAACACCCACUUCGUGGAGGAGCAGGAGUUGAAUCCUUUGGCGUUCGCGGAGCAACACGUGGAUCCCGAUGAAACCCGCGCGCAGCCGGCCGAGGAGCUCCUUACCAGAGCUAGGAUGAUCAUCGCCACAGAGCUUGGGAAGGACCCUCUCCUUCGGCAUGAAAUGCGGAAUACUUUCAAAGCGAAUGCCUUGGUAUCGGUGACCCCCACCGAACGAGGUAUCUCGAAAAUCGACCAGCAUCACCCGUAUUUCAACUUCAAGUACUUGCUCAACAAGAGCGCCGCAGACAUGCUGCAAUCACCCCAGUUCCUCAACAUCCUUGCCGCCGAGUCGGAGCAUCUUGUCACGGUUUCGAUUACCCUGCGCCCAGACGCAAAGGCCAAUUUUGAGCGCAAACUCAAUGACGCUUUCGCUUCCGACAGUUUCAGCGAUACCGCACGAGCAUGGAACGAGGAGCGUUCGCGCGUUAUCCAAGAAACGCUCGAGCACCAUCUUCUUCCCGCUGGUGUCAAAUGGACGCGUGAGUGGAUCCGAGAAGAAACCGAAGACUACCUUGCGAAACAAUGCGCGCAGAGUCUCCGAGAGCGCAUCGACGUUGCACCGUAUGCCUCGCCAGCGAUGAAGCGGGGAGAUACGCCUUCCGUCAUGGCCAUGUCGUGGGGCAAGGGCGACCCGCACAAGGACUCCAUUGCAAUCGUUUUCAUCGACGAGGCAGGCCGGUUGCGCGAGCACACAAAACUCGACAACCUGGUCAACACCGAGAACCAAGACGAGUUCAUGGACAUGCUGAAGCGUCGCCGGCCUGAUGUCAUCGCGAUCGGAGGCUUCAGCAUCGCCACCACGAAGCUUGCACGGCGGAUCAAGGAGCUUAUUGAUAGCACGAAGACCAGCUCCGACGAGGUGCCCACUACGCCGGUAAUCUACGUGCAUGACGAGGUUGCGCGGAUCUAUCAGAACAGUCCGCGCGCAGCCGAGGAGUUCAGCGCUUUGACUCCCCUCGGAAAGUACUGUAUCGGUUUGGCACGAUAUGUGCAGAGCCCGCUCAACGAGUAUGCUGCCUUGGGCUCUGACAUUACGGCGAUCACCUUUGAGGACGAGUAUCAGCAGCUAGUCCCUAAGGAGAAACUGCUCUCCGCCCUGGAGCGUGUUCUUGUCGACGCGGUCAACAAGGCUGGCGUUGAUAUCAACCGCGCUGUGACCGAUUCGUACUACCAGCACCUUCUACGGUUCAUUUGCGGUCUGGGUCCUCGGAAGGCACAGGUUCUGGUCAAAAAGAUCGCCUCCAUGGGUGGCAACCUCGUGAACCGAGAUCAGUUUAUCAAGAAUGGCCUCCUGACCACGAAGAUCUUCUUGAACGCCGCUGGUUUCCUUCGCAUCGUCCAAGACUCGGAGCCGAAACCCUCAAAGAACCGCCACGGCGAAGAGAUUGACGUCCCCGACCCGCUUGACAGUACCCGCAUUCAUCCAGAGGACUACGAGCUGGCCCGCAAGAUGGCCACGGACGCCCUUGAGCUUGACGAAGAAGAUAUCCACGACGAGCACCCUUCGCACGUAGUCGCCGUCAUCAUGCAGGACGAUGACAAUGUCAAGAAGCUCGACGACCUCAAUCUGGAUGACUUCGCCGUCAACAUGUUCGAAGCGAACAACGACAAGAAGCGGCACACACUGAACGUCAUUCGCGCCGAGCUGCUCGAUCCAUUCGGCGAGCGACGCCCGCCGUUCAUCCAGCCCAGUGAUUGGGAGGUUCUCACGAUGCUCACUGGCGAGUCGAAGCGGACGCUCCAUGUCGGUAUCCUCGUCUCGGUGCAGGUCGUCCGUGUCAAGGAGAACUUCGUCAUUGUGCGCCUUGACUCUGGUAUCGAGGGCAUGAUCGCCAGGCGCUAUCUCACGGAUGAGGGGGUUCAAUGCGCGGCAAUUGUGAAGCAGGGACAAACGCUCUCCGGCGUUAUCAUCGACGUCAAGCUGGAUCUCAGCCAAGACCAGUUCACCGUCGAGCUUUCGUCUCGCGACAGCGACGUCAGCGCUGGCGACAGCCAGUUCCGCCGCGUCAAGCAUGACGACGCCUGGGACCACACCCAGCAUGACCGCGACAAGGAGAUGCAGGCGCGCAAGGCGCAAGCCGCGGUUGGCAGGACACGACGGGUCAUCAAGCAUCCGAACUUCCACAACUUCAACUCGCAGCAGGCGGAGCAGUAUCUGGAGAAGCAGCAGCGCGGCGAUGUCGUCAUUCGCUCUUCAUCAAAGGGCGGCAACCACCUCGCGGUCACCUGGAAGGUGGAUGACAAGCUGUACCAGCACAUCGACGUCGUCGAGUUGAAUGCGGAUCCCUCCGGACAGGGGGCCGGCUCGAAAUUCGUCGUUGACGCGCAUCAAUUCUCCGAUCUGGAUGAGCUCAUCGUCAACCACGUUCAAGCCAUGGCACGGAAGGUGGAAGAGCUGAUGGUGCAUGAGAAGUUCAAGCCUGGGACAGAGGACGACCUUCACCUCUUCUUGCGGAAUUUCGUCGCGGCCAACCCUUCGAAGAGUGCUUAUGGAUUCACCCUCAACCGGAAGAAGCCAGGGCACUUCAACCUCUGCUAUCUUGCGAACAAGAACUCCACUGUACAGACUUGGCCUGUCCGCGUGUCACCACACGCCUACUAUCUCUUCGACACGCCAGCGGCAGGUGUGCCAGAGUUGUGCGACGCUUUCAAAGUCCGACAAAAAUCUAUGUCGCUCGGUGGUGGUCUCGGGGGUGCACCAGGAGGCAAGACACCAUACGGCGGCCGCACACCCGCUGCCAGGACGCCCGCGCCUGGACACUCCACCCCUGGACACAUGUCAGCCCGCCAGGUGGGCCGGACACCCAAUCCGUACGGCGGCGCGUCGACACAUCCGAGCGUUGCCCCCCCGGGUUCGAUGCCCCCGCCAGCGUACGGCGGCAUGUCGCAGUACGGCGGUGCGCAGUACGGCGCGCCGCCGCCGGGCGCAGGCUUCCAGACACCCUCGUACCAGCAGCCGGGCCCGUCCGGGUUCGCGCAGCCGCCUGCGCCGGCGGGCGUGCACCCGUCGCGCGCGGCGAUGAUCCAGGGGAACGGGUGGCAGGGCGGCUUCUGAGCGUGGGGUGUAGGAAAUGUAGAUCUGCGCCUGCGCGCGCUGGGACAGUCCUCUUGUAGUUGAUCUCACUCUCACGUACGUACUUUAUCACAGUUUUGCUACCGGCUGUAAUACAUUGUAUACUAUUCGCG